CUAUAUAAGGGACACCACUUUCAACUUUGGACAUCUGAUCACCGUAGUUGAAGGCAGCAGCUCACCGGAACAACAACAGGAACAAUGGCUCUUCUGCUGGUAUUCGCAGCCCUCGUGUCCAGCGCCAUGGCUGGCGAUCUGCUGUACGGAGGUUUGGCAGACUCCAUCUUCGGCAGUGGCAUUGGCCUCGGCGCCGGUUCAGUCAUCGGUAGGGGCUACGGUGUGCCCGUUGCUGCCGUUGCUCCCGUUGCUGCAGUUGCUCCAGUUGCUCCCGUCGUCGGCAAGGGCAUUGCCUAUGGCCCUGUCUACGGAAGGGGCGUCGCCCUCGGUGUGGCCGCUGCCCCUGUCUACGGAAAGGCUGUCGCUGCUCCCGUCUUCGGUGGAUAUGGCUACGGUCUGCCCGUUGCUUCCUAUGCACCCGUUGCACCGGUUGCUGCAGUCGGUAAAGGCGUCGGUUUCGGACCUUUCUACGGAAGGGGCUUCGGCGUUGCUCCUGUCGUGGGCAAGGGCGUUGGAGUUGUGGGUGCUCCCCUCUUUGGUGAUGCUGUUGCCGUCGGUGCCGUCGGUGCCGGCUACGUCGCACCAGGCUACGGAUAUGGAAAGUACUAACUGCCAACAACCAGCACCCGCGAGACUGCAUGUCAUCUUGUUGCUGUUUAAAAUGAUGAAUAAAUAAAGUUGAUCUAAUUCAGCCAGAAA